AAAAAAUCAAUUUUUUUACAGAUGAUGUGCGAUUGGGUGUGGUUACUAACUCUGUGCUCUCUCCUCAUGAUUGUCCAAUCUUUGCCAACAAAUCUGGCAGAAGAUACAAAAAAGACUGAACAAACGAUGAGACCAAAAUCUAAACGGGCACAGGAAAUGUUGAUGUUCGGCAACCAACAGAAUCACCAACCAGAGAAUAAUCCAAGCUCAUCAUAUUCGUCUACCGCUGAAAAAAGAACUCUAGCUGCAUCAGGAUUAGGCGGAUUAAAAGCAGCUCUUAUCGAAGAAGAGAAACCCUCUCGUUCUAAUACACCUAACAAUGCCUUCUAUGAUCAUAAAAAUUACGAUUAUGGAACAGUAAAUGAACUGGGAUACGAAAUACCCCAGAUAUGGGAUAGUUCGCCCUACUCUCGUUACUACACGAACGAAGAACGGCGGAAAAGAUCCGAGAAAUCAGCGGCUAUCACAGGAUCAACAACUAUAAAACCAUCAACCACUUCGUUCCAGUCUCCAACAUCUACUCAGCAAUCUGUGCAGACGCAAGUGAAGAGAAACGUUCCCAUUUAUCAAGAACCACGAUUCAAGAGGGAAUUGGAUAUCGAUCCGGAAGACGUUUUAACUCUUCUCUCCUUGUGGGAAAACGAACGUCGCAAACGAAACUGGCAUAAAUAUAUGAACGAGGAAUACGAAAAUGUAGAUGACGAAGACAAUCUUCUCGAGGAAGAGGAUUCUCGAAACAUUAUUCCGUGGAUGGAUUCCUCGGUGUAUCCUCCUCGUCACUACAGCCUAGAUUCUUUGUCACCAUCGGACAUCGGGAUCAUUCGUACCCAUCCAUCCGGUUAUUAUGAACAAUACGAGAACCAGUACGGGCAGCAAUACGAUACAACAUCUCAAUACGGCAGCCCUCAAUACGGUUUGGUUUAUCCUCAACAGACUUAUUACAGUGCUCCCGAGAAGAGGUUUAUGAUCUCCAGGAAACGCUCGCAGGCGUACGAUCCUUACUCUAACGCGGCUCAAUUUCAAUUAAGCUCCCAAUCACGGGGAUACCCUUAUCAACACCGACUCGUCUAUUAAAUCGACAUUAACUCGACGAACAACAAGUGAUCGAAAACGUAUUAGUAUCGAAAAAGGCGAAUGAUCCUAAUAAAUAAAGCACGAGAAAGAGGGUAACGAACUGACGUUUUCGGACUCACGUAUACGAAACCGAACACAAAUUUUGCGCUUUCUUGGCGAACGUUCCCUCUCUAACGUUCUCUUUUUUUUUUACUAUUCUGUCUUUUGUUUUUUUAGUGAAUACGGCGAUACGUGCUCGAGAGGUGAACAAAGAAAGACUACUUUUACUUUAAGAAAUACGAUGCUCAAAAAAA